GGAGUUAUCAUCAGACCGCAGAUUCCAAACUGUGUAUGUAUUACAGCGAGGAGUUGAACUGCGGUCUGAGAAUACUGAGUUGCUGCUUAUUAUUCGGUGUAGAAUUUCACUGUUGUGCAUCUCGCCUACUGUUCGGGGGCAGCAGCUGAAAACCUGGACUCCAGCGUUAUCUUCCUAGAGAGGGGAAAUAACAGUGAACCUCACAGCUUGUGUUCACCUGGAAGCCUCUCAAGGAACCUGUGGGUGGUCCCCGGACCCCACUUCUUUUCUUUUCUUCUUUUUUUUUUUUUGGAAAACCCUCCCAACUCAACGCGGCUUAAACUUCAUGAAAAAAAAAAAAAAAGAAAUCUCUCUCCUGUCAGUGCCAACCCAGCAGACGAGGUGAGCCCCGGGGUUUUUCCGACUUUGAAGAGUCGUCGCUGCGUAAAGGUGAAGCAGGACGCAGCGGAGAGUGAGAGAAACACAAACCGCAGGUGUGUCGGAUGAAAGAACAGGAACCGAUCUGGCCCGACGGUGCAGCUCCGACAAUAAUACGCUUCUGUGAUGGAGUGGCGUGAACAGUCCUGCGUCAGCUGCGACGAAGCCUAUUUGGAGGCGCAGAGGUGGAUUGAGGCAGUAACCAAGAAAAAAUUUGGGAACAACGACUUCCGAUCAGCGCUGGAGAAUGGCGUUCUGCUGUGUGAUCUGAUCAACAAGAUCAAGCCUGGUAUUAUAAAGAGGGUUAACAGGCUGCCCACACCCAUUGCUGGCCUGGACAACCUUAACGUCUUCCUCAAGGCCUGCGGGAAGCUCGGACUAAAAGAAGCACAGCUCUUUCACCCCGGAGAUCUUCAGGAUUUAUCCACAAGAGUUACAGUCAAGCAUCAAGAGACCAACAGGAGGCUGAAAAAUGUAUUGAUCACCAUUUACUGGCUUGGCAGAAGAGCUCAGUGUGACCGUUUCUAUGAUGGGCCUUACCUGAACUUCAAGGCAUUUGAGGGAUUAUUGGGCACAGCGCUAUACAAGGCUCUGCAGGAGUCGUCCGGUCAGAAAGACGACAACGUCAGAGACAGCGGUUUUGGAGACAGCUGGUACUCGGAGAGAGAGGAGCUCUACCAACUGAGAGGAGGAGUUGGAGGAGGCAGCGGCGGCGGACACAGGAGAGACGACUCCCUGGACAGUUUGGACUCUUUGGGUUCCCGACCUCACAGCAUCUCCUCUGACACCACUCUGAAAGGCAGCAGCGAGGGUUGUUGCAGUGACACUGAGGCAGACUCUGUCUUCAGGAUGGCUGAGAACAAGGACGGUCUCAGUUACCGCCGCUCGGUGGUCAUCACACCCAAGGCCAGCACCCAGUUUAACCAGUUUCUGCCCACUAAAGACAAACCCUCAGGCUACGUGCCUGCUCCACUAAGGAAGAAACGGGCCGAACGCAAUGAGGACAACCGGCGCAGCUGGGCCAACCCCACAUACACAGAGGACGAAGGCACACUCACCAGACAGCGCCAAAUUGAAGAGAGUAUUGACGGGAGUAAAUCAACAAAUGAUAUCCAGGUCGACCCCACCGUCGUCCGUCAGGCUCGCUACGAAGAGCUCCAGAAGUACCGCGAGCAGAUAAAGGACAGUGAUGAUAAGUGGCAGGAUGACCUGAGCAAAUGGAAGAGCCGGCGCCGGAGCGUCAACUCUGACAUUGUGAAGAAGAAAGAGGAGCGGGAGAAGAUAGAGCAGAUCACCUACGGCGGUAACAGAAGGUCCAGUACCUUCAAGGAUGUGCAAGAGGAUAGAGAAACUAAAGGAAGAAGCAGCAUUGGCAGUCGUCUGGGAUCUCUCUCUUACCUGGACGACAACGAGGACGUAUUUGAUAGACCCGUCAUUGCCCCUCGUACCCGAACCCUUCCUGCCAGGAGCUACACUGUUGACACUCCUUACUUUUCGUCUGAACCCUCUGAGCCUUCUCUGAAAGAGAACGAACCCCCCGCCGCUUCCCCGGCUACUGGCAGGGCCGCUUCCCCUCCCGCUUCACGGGAAGUUGAGAGUGUGGACGGUCUUGCAGGCAGCGACACCACGACCACCGUCACUCGCAGCUCUCUCCGCAGCUCCCAGCCUCCAGCAGCUGCACCUUCACAGAGGAGUCCGGCCUCAGAGUACACCAGAACAGCCAAGACAGAGGAGACCGCAACCAUCGUCUCCGCUUCCAGCACCCGACAAAAGGUGCCAGAGCCAAGGCGCCCAUUGUCGGGCGCACGGACUGAGGCGGAGGCCCCCUCCUCUGGUUUUCUGCACAAACAACAACCACAGCUCAACUCGAUGGAAGCCAAGCCUCCCGGGGUGUCUCGGGUUUCCGCCUCCCUCCCCAGGAGCUACCAGAGAUCGGAUAGCGCACGUCUAACCUCAGUUGUCGCGCCAAGGCCCUUCGGGACCCAGCCCUCCCGCAUCACCUCACUUCCCCGGGUCAUUUCAAUGGACGACUCUCACAAGCGUGUCAACGGCGAGGUCGACGUUUCUAAGAAGACAUCAGUGCCGAGCCGCUAUCGCCAGUUCGUGACCUCUGAGGACGAUGCUGACUCCAGCUCGGCCCACAGCAGUGAAGAUGAGGAGGAAGAGGAGGAGGAGUCGCAAAAGACAGCCGGGAAGAGCGCCACCUCCGCUCAGAGCGUCUCACCUGCCCCUCUUCCGGUCAAGAGUGAAGCUCCAGUCAGUCCUGCUCCAGCCAAAGAAACCAGCCAGGAGAACUACUGUGAGAUGCGGAUCAACCUGAACCAGAAGCCCAACAGCAGCAGAGACUUUGGCUUCCGGGCAGCCUGGGACUCAACUGGAGCUCGCGUCACGACCAUCCAGCCUGGCAGCCCCGCUGAGAUGUGCCAGCUCCAGGCCGGAGACGAGGUGCUGACGGUGAACGGGCACCAGGUGGCAGAAAUGAGCUACACAGACUGGAAGUCCUGCUUGGAGGAGGCUCUACAGGAGGGCAGCCUGGUCAUGGAUGUUCGCCGUCAUGGCAAGAACAACUGGGACAGAGAUCAACCUUCCCUGCCAUUUAAAAGCCAUAAGACCAUCAAUCUGACCAGUACAGAUCAUCCGAUACUUCUAGGUUCAUCUGACCCAAACACUGCAAAAUCCAGUCUGGAUUUCACCUCACACAUUUCCAAGGAAACGCUGACAUCCAAAGAGGCCCCCGCCAAGCCAGUCAUUGAUGUGGCUUCAAACGGAGUUAAUGGAAGUUUCCGUGAGGCGUCGGUGACCAUGAGGAACAAAGAGUCAGAACCCCUAUCUUUGAAAAACUUAAAACGGAGGUCAGAGUUUUUUGAACAAGGAGGAUCAGAGCCUGCAAUGCCAGAUAUACCUGUUCCUUCAAUCACUCCCUCCUCCAGCCGCUGGUCUUGGGACCCAGAGGAGGAGCGCAGAAGACAAGAAAAAUGGCAGAAGGAACAGGAGCGCCUCCUACAGGAGAAAUAUAAGCGUGACCAGGAGAAACUGCAGGAGGAGUGGCUGAAGGCUCAGCAGGAGAUUGCCAAGAACGUGGUCCAACAGCAGCCUGGGAGCCUGGAGGUGAACAGCCACAUCAUCAGCCCACAAUCGCCCCUCUUUCCAUUCAACCAGCCCACUUCUACUCUGUGGGAAGAAGAAGAGACAGAGAGAAAGAGGAAGGAGGAACAGGAGCACCAGAGGCAGGCGGAGGAGAAGAGGAGGAGGGAGGAGGAGGAGCGAGAGUUGCAGCGUCUCCAGGAGGAGAGGAAGAGGAAAGAAAGGCAGGAGGAGGAAGAGAGGAAGAGGAGGGAGGAGGAAGAGCUGAAAUGGCAGAGGAGGAGAGAGGAGGAGAGGGAGGAGGAGAGGAGGCAGCAGGAGGCUGCAGAGCAGCAGCGCAGAGAGCGGGAGAGAGCGCUGGAGCUGCAGCGGCAGCAGCGCCAGUGGGCUGGUAGCUCCCAUGGCUUUGCCAAUGUCCAGCCUCCACUGUCCUUUACAGACAGGGCAAAAUCCAAAUCAUCUCCCCAGCUUGAUGAAGAAGAAAAGCCUCAGAAGAAAGGUGUGUAUGUUCCGCCGGGAGGCAUGGCUCACUGGCUGCUGGAAGAGCAGUUGAGGAAUGCGUGUGACAAGCAGGCCCGCAGUGAGAGGGCUGCGUCAGAGCUGGAGACGGAGAGGAGAAACAUCCUCAAUGCCAUGAGAUACAGAGAGCCGGAGAGAGUGACGGGCGGUGCAGUGGGUCAGCAGUCCCUGUCGUAUGCUGAGCAGGAGAGGCAGCAGAUCCUGAACGAGAUGAAGAAGAAAACUCCACUCCUGACGGACAGCAGCUGGAUUCGCCAGCGCUCUUCCAACACCGCCACCAGCCAGGAGAGUGACAUACCAUCCAUGCGCCGAGGCGAGUCUCUUGACAACUUGGAUGCCUCCUACAACUCCUGGCGCUCAUCAUGGACACCCAAAAGCAACUCUUAUGUCCAAAACUACACCCGGCCUCACUCAGCCCUCUCCGGCAGCACUUCCUUUUACAGUGGCGGGUCUGCGGCCCAGCGGCCCGCUUCCUCCACUCUGCCCUCCUCCUACUCCAUGAGCUCCCUCCGUGGCGGGGCGGGAACUCCCUCGGCCCCCUGGUCCCGGCAGACACCUUCCCCGUCACUCUCCACUCCUUCACCCACCACCUCUCCAGAGCCCACGUCUGAGGCUGGUGGCCCUCAGCAGCGGAGCAGGUCAGUGAGUGGCAAGAAAAUCUGUACGUUCUGUGACACCCCGCUGGGAAAGGGAGCGGCCAUGAUCAUCGAGUCCCUUGGGCUCUGUUAUCAUUUGGGCUGUUUUAAGUGUAUCGACUGUAAGUCUGACCUCGGAGGAUCAGAAGCAGGGGCUGAAGUCAGAAUACGAAACAAACAGCUCUUCUGUAACUCCUGCUACAUGCGAUUCAAAACUGGCCAGCCAACCGCUAUGUGAUGUGGCUGUACUCCAGCAGAUUGAUGAAGAGACUACUUGUGACAACAACCCAUGAACAUUGAAAGUGAACAGUGAAGCCAUGGGCAGAUAGCUGGGAGAACUUGGCUUGGAUGUAGUUCCAUUUAUGACACUAGAAAACCCAGUUUGACUCAUUGAUGAGAAUUAUGUUUGUGUUUUCACAGUGUGUGAUUGAGAGGGUAAGCUUGCAAAGAAGUUAUCUAGUUUAAUGUGUUUAUAUCGUAUUAAGUAUUACAGCUGUAUAAAGAGUAAGGGUUCUGCAUGCACCAGAGAUUUUAAAUGUUUUAGCCAUGAAACUAGUCAAGCAGUAAACUGACUAUAAGAUUACAGAGGCAGAGCUUUCUUAUGACCUUCACUGAGACAGAUUUUAGAGAUACUGAGGGAGAACUCUGCAGGAUCUUCUCCUCAUUUUCAUGCUUGUUUUUCUGCUGAAUCUUGUGGUGUUAACAUGUUUGUCGACCAAGGUGUUCUUGUCAAGCGUAUGUGCCUUUUCAUUUGUAACAGGGAGAAGUAAUUAUUAGAGUUCUUUCAAAAUAUAUUUAAAAAUAAAGAUCUGUCUGCUUGGAUAGCACUUGUCUGGAGUUAUCACUGAUAGAUGGAGGAUUGUACACAGAAGCAGGUUCCCAUGUGGAGAAUAUAUAUCCUACUGAAUGGUAUUGAGGAAAACAGCAACAUUUGUAAAUAAAACGACUAAAUGCUCA